AUGCGAUCGACAUUCUUGUUUGCGGCCGCCGCCAUCGGCUCUGGACUUGCUUCUGCACAGUGUCAAGUCUAUGGUAUUGACAUCCAGAGUGGUGGCACCUACUUCGAAAACAGCGAGUUGACCACUCCAUUCUCACUGGUCCAAGAGUUUUCCGGCUGUGAUAAUGAUACCGCUAAUAACAUCCUCGUGGACCCCAAUGGCGAUCAAUACCAAUGCUCAGAUACACCCUUGACCCCCGACUACACGCCAGAAACCGUGACUUGCACCGACUGGCCCCAGGACAAAAUGUAUUCCGGCGACUGGAGUUUAGUAGUCAUCAGCAACAACGGCGAUGCAGACCCCAUCGCCUACCAACGAGACUUUUCGCUGAACGUGGGCACACCAACAACAAUCACAUACACACCCACCGUCACAGCCACCGACUUGGAGACCUCUAUCUACAGCAUUGUUUCUACGACACACAGUGUAGUCACCACAACCCUGGUGCCCAAGACAACUACUAAACGCGCGUUGAUCGCUUUUGGCAAACCGACUUUAUACUCUCACCCGCUGAAUGUGCAAAUGGUCACCAAAAAUAUGUUUACAGUCACCAAGACGCAAUAUUCGCCGCAGAUCACCCAAACCACUGUUUCCGUGGCCCCCUCCUGCGCAUCCGCAACACCAAACUGGCAUCCAGAUCCCAUUGCUCGGAUUGAGAUUACCAUUCUCAAGACCAUUUUCCAGCGCACCAAUUCUGCGAGAUUUAAGCGUGCUGCAAACGAAGAUCUGGCUGCAAAGCAAGAAUUCGUUGAGCAGAGAAAACAGAGAUUGGGAGAGGCAAAGGGAUUGCAGAAACGAGCUCCUGAUGCUAGUAUGGUCACCGUCACAGCCACCAAUACUGCGGACUUUGUGACGGAGACGCAAACCCAAUACACCACCAUCACAAAGACUAUUCCUACGACUAUUCUGUCUACCAUAACCUCAACUCCAGCAGUCGUAACCGUUACCCGCGCUCUCCUCGACUUUGCAGCUCUCCAAACUUUAGUCCAGGAAUUAGUGCAACCGACAAUCACGCAUUGGGGAGUUGCACAUGAGACCACGACCAAGAAAGUUCCUUGGACGGUUACGAUUACUAGUACUACCACCAAUGAAGCGUUGAUGGCGGAGUGUACGGGCAAGGGUGGACGGGUUUGGUAG